UGGUUGCUGCUGGCGCGGGCGCCGGGAGCCGCGGGGUCCCCAAGCAGCCCCCGGAGACCGCGCAGCUACCCGCACCUGGAGGGCGAUGUGCGCUGGCGACGCCUCUUCUCCUCCACCCACUUCUUUCUGCGCGUGGACCCCAGCGGCCGCGUGCAGGGCACCCGCUGGCGCCACACCCCUGACAGUGUCAUUGAGAUCCGCUCCAUCCGAGUGGGGGUCGUGGCCCUGAGGGCCGUGCACACCGGCUUCUUUGUGGCCAUGAGCCGCAGGGGCCACCUCUACGGGUCGCGGGUCUACAGCGCCCACUGCAGGUUCCGGGAGCGCAUCGAGGAGAACGGCUACAACACCUACGCCUCGCUCCGCUGGCGUCAGCGCGGCCGGCCCAUGUUCCUGGCGCUGGACGGGCGAGGAGCCCCACGGCGCGGUGACCGGACACGGCGGCACCACCUGUCCACCCACUUCCUGCCCGUCCUGGUCUCCUGAGGCCCUGAGGGGCCAUGAGGAACGGCCCGACAAGAUUCCAGAAGAUGCCUGGGCAGGCGGCCAGGAGCCAGAGGCUGGGGGAGGCCCAGGCCAUGGCCAGGCCGCGUCUGGUUGCUCGUUCCUUCCCCGGGCAUUGGCUGCCUGUGUGCCCAGCACUGGGGACCCCCCAGAGGACCACCCCCCGACACGGCCUGGCCCUCAAGCAGCUCUUACCUGAGUCUGAGGGGGCCGGACACCGAGCUGAGCAGGGGCUGCCAGUGUCCAGUCAUGAGCUAGGGGGUGAGGCAGCCCAGACAGGGCACCUCCUGGGCUGGGAACUAAAAGAUUCGGUCAGGUGGUGGCCACAAGGUCUGGAAAGGACACUCGGGGCAGGGCACAGCAGGCAGCGAGCAGGGGACCUGGGGCGGCCAGGGGCGCCGCAGACAUGCCAUGGGGUGACAAGUCCUGGCCUUGGCACUCGUGGACUUGUUUCCUCAUCUGGCAGAUAGACUUUGCAGGUGAUUAAAUCAAGGCCCCCCGAGAUGGGGGGCCCUCACAGGGCCCUCGUAGGAGGGAGGCAGGAGGGUCACAGAAAGGUGGUCGGGGCUGUGUUGCUGGCUGUGAUGAGGGGGAAGGGGCCACGCUCCAGGGACCAGCCCUGCCCACACCUGAUUUAGCCCCGUGAGACCCGUGUCGGACUCCCAACUCCAGGACUGAGAAUAAAUGCAUGGUUUAAGCCA